AUGGGCGAGAUCUUCGAGUCGGAGCGUCUCAUCUACCGCGCAAUCGAGGAGUCGGAUGACCCUUUCCUGCUCGCCAUGCACCAGGAUACGGAAUCCCAGUUGCGAUCCACGGCGUGGCUCCCUGUGCCCCAGGGGAGGAAGAGUGUGAAGGAACACCGUGAGUUCUUCGAGUCAUGUCUGAUGGCGGCGAUUGUUUGCCUCCCGCCCUCCGCCACGCCCUGGAGUGCUUCGCAGAGUAUGACGCCCAUCGGGACGGUGACGUUGACUGACACGCCGAGGGAGAGGCAUUGUCGGAAUACGACGCUGGGGAUUAACAUUGCACGGCCGUUUAGGAAUUCGGGUUACGGGACUGAGGCGAUUCGCUGGGCGCUGGAUUGGAGUUUCCGGCGGGCUGCAUUGCAUAAGGUGUGCAUAUGGUGCUAUGAGUACAAUCACCACGCCAUGAGGUUGUAUGAGAGAUUGGGCUUCGUUUCCGAGGCGAGACUGAGGGAGCACGUGUGGCAUGACGGGCGCUUCUGGGAUGAUUGCGGGUAUUCGAUGCUGGAGCGGGAAUGGAGAGGGAAGCAUCUCAACGUCCGGCCGCUCUCUACCACUGCGGCGGCGCCCAACUCCCAUCCUGCCACCGAGCCUACGUACACAUCGCCGUAUGUGCCACAGCAGAACCCCGUGCCACACUUCCGGCCCAGCGCCUUCACCACCAUCAACGGCGAGCGACCUUCGCAGACGCAAGGCCAGGUGUUGACGCCCAACUCGGCCACGACGACUGCUUCAGCAUCCCAAUCGCGCCUCCCGCCGCCGCCGCUGGAAGUUCCGCAUCUCAAAGUCCAGCCUUCCGAGGCCUCGUCACCGGACAUCCACGCCACUCCGCACAUCCGAGACUCGGAGAGUGCCCCCCGGACCCCGAGAGCGGUGGAUCCCAUGCCCACGUUCGAAUACCAGACUCUCAAGGAGAGCACCGUAACCGUCGCCGAGCUCUGGAAAGAGUGGUUCGAAGGCUUCGCGGAAGAAGGCCGGCCGUCGGUCGUGUGGAUGGAAGAGCACCAUCGCGGCAAUUGGAGGAAGAAGCAAUACGGCGCACCGGGGGCUUCGUGUCAGUACUUCAGCCAGCGCAAGCGAGUCAUUGAGGAAGUCAAAGCGCUGGUCGAACGCGGCGAAUGCGAUGACAAUGAGGCUGCGAUCCAGUAUUUGGAUGACCGCAUGAAGCGGGAAGGCAUGUCGUCUAUUAAUAAGCUUGCUAAUGAACUGAAGAAGGAUUCUGGAGUGCAGAAGCGACGGCGAUACAGUUGA